UCGAACCUGGGUCGGCCGCGUGCAAGGCAAAUGCCCUACCCGCUAUGCUAUCGCUCCGCCCCCCCCUCAAUUUUUUUAAAAAAAAUUAAUAAUAGGGAAAAAAAAAGACUAGGCUGUGGAGCAGAAGAAAUGAGAAUUUCCAAGAGGAGAAGGAAGGAUCAGAGGAAAGUCUUGAGCCUAAGCUUACUUCCUGAGCAGUGCAACAGUCACAAGUGGCUUCAUUUAAUUAAUGCCCAGCCUCUCAGAAGGCUUUUCCUCGGCAGCGCGAGCGUGUGGCUUAGCAAUAGCAACAAGAUUUUGUGGCACCCUGCUCUCGGAGGGUCAAGCGCCUCAUCACUGGAUUCCCUGCCUCUCUCUCUUAUCAGACGAAGUGUGCCGGAGGGAGGGACCAGAGAGCAGGGCAAAGUUUAAUCAUUAAUCGGGGCAGCCUCCAAGUAUUUUAUCGGGAGCACCUAGCGCCUGUGGAGGUCUCCAGCCUGAGCAGGAAGUGGGCUGCGUGCAGGAGCCGUGGGAGCCAACCCUGAACAGAAACUUCUGACAGGCUCCAGAGAAACCAGACUCGGGAAAAUGUUUGCAGUGCACCUGACGGCGUUUUUCUUCAGCAAGCUGAAGGAGGAUCAGAUCAAGAAGGUCGACAGGUUCCUCUACCACAUGAGACUGUCUGACGAGACGCUGCUGGAGAUCAUGGCACGGUUCCAGGCCGAGAUGCAGAAGGGCCUGGGGAAGGACACCAACCCCACAGCGUCGGUGAAGAUGCUGCCCACCUUUGUCAGGGCCAUUCCAGACGGCUCUGAAAACGGGGAGUUUCUUUCCCUGGAUCUUGGAGGUUCCAAAUUUCGAGUCUUGAAGGUCCAAGUCUCUCAAGAGGGGAAACGAAGCGUCCAGAUGGAGAGUCAGUUCUACCCAACCCCCAAUGAAAUCAUUCGAGGGAAUGGCUCAGAGCUGUUUGAAUACAUCGCGGACUGUCUGGCAGAUUUUGUGAAGACCAAAGGGCUGGAGCAUAAAAAACUGCCCCUGGGCCUGACUUUUUCUUUCCCCUGCAGACAGACUAAAUUGGAAGAGGGCAUCCUGCUCUCCUGGACGAAGAAGUUUAAGGCGCGGGGCGUUCAGGACACAGAUGUCGUGAGCACGCUGAAAAAGGCCAUGAAGAAGCACAAGGACUUAGAUGUGGACAUCCUGGCCUUGGUCAAUGACACUGUGGGGACUAUGAUGACAUGUGCCUUUGAUGAUCCACACUGUGAAGUCGGUGUCAUCAUUGGCACUGGCACCAAUGCAUGCUACAUGGAGGAUCUGAGCAACAUUGACCUGGUGGAAGGUGAUGAAGGUCGGAUGUGCAUCAACACAGAAUGGGGGGCCUUUGGGGAUGACGGGGCCCUGAAAGACAUUCGCACUGAGUUCGACCAGGAGCUGGACCUUGGCUCUCUCAAUCCAGGGAAGCAACUCUUUGAGAAGAUGAUCAGCAGCCUGUACCUGGGCGAGCUCGUCAGGAUCAUCUUGCUAAAGAUGGCCAAGACUGGCCUCCUGUUCGACGGCAAGAUCUCCUCUGCUCUGCACACUAAGGGCAAGAUCGAAACCCGCCACGUGGCCGCCAUGGAGGAGUACAAGGAAGGCCUUGCCAAUACCAGAGAGAUCCUGACUGACCUGGGCCUGGAGCCCUCGGAGGCCGACUGUGUUGCUGUCCAGCACGUUUGCACUGUGGUCUCCUUCCGCUCAGCCAGCCUCUGUGCAGCUGCCCUGGCCGCCAUCCUGGCGCGGCUCCAGGAGAACAAGAAGGUGGCGCGGCUCCGGACCACAGUGGGCAUCGACGGGACGCUCUACAAGAUCCACCCACAGUACCCCAAGCGCCUGCACAAGGUGGUGAGGAAGCUGGUCCCCAGCUGCGAAGUCCGCUUCCUCCUGUCUGAGAGUGGCAGCACCAAGGGGGCAGCCAUGGUGACAGCAGUGGCCUGCCGCCUGCAGGCCCAGAGGAAGCAGAUAGACCAGGUGCUGACUCAGUUCCGGCUCACCCACCAGCAGCUCGAGGGCAUCCGGGACAAGAUGCGGGGAGAGCUCGAGUACGGGCUGAAGCGAGACACACACGGGCAGGCCACUGUCAAGAUGCUGCCCACCUACGUGUAUGGGGUGCCCGAUGGCACAGAGCAUGGGAAGUUCCUGGCUCUGGACCUGGGGGGAACCAACUUCCGGGUGCUGCUGGUGAAGAUCAGGAGCGGGCGAAAGUCGGUGCGAAUGUACAACAAGAUCUUUGCCAUCCCACUGGGAAUCAUGCAAGGCACCGGUGAGGAGCUGUUCGACCACAUCGUGCAGUGCAUUGCCGACUUCCUGGAUUAUAUGGGCCUCAAGGGGGCAAGGCUACCCCUGGGCUUCACCUUCUCCUUCCCCUGCAGCCAGACCAGCAUCGACAAGGGGAUCCUCAUUGGCUGGACCAAAGGCUUCAAGGCCACCGACUGUGAGGGGGAGGAUGUGGUGGACAUGCUGAGGGAAGCCAUUAAGAGGAGAAAUGAGUUUGACCUGGACAUAGUUGCCAUUGUGAAUGACACUGUGGGGACCAUGAUGACCUGUGGCUACGAGGAUCCUAACUGUGAGAUCGGCCUGAUUGCAGGAACAGGCAGCAACAUGUGCUACAUGGAGGAGAUGCGGAACAUUGAAGUGGUGGAAGGGGAUGAAGGGAAGAUGUGUAUAAACUCUGAGUGGGGAGGAUUUGGAGAUAACGGCUGUCUGGAUGACAUCCGCACACAGUAUGACAAGGAGGUGGACGAGGGCUCCUUGAAUUCUGGCAGGCAGAGGUACGAGAAGAUGACCAGCGGCAUGUACCUGGGGGAGAUCGUGCGGCAGAUCCUCAUCGACCUGACCAAGCAGGGCCUCCUCUUCCGUGGGCAGAUUUCAGAGCGUCUCCAGACCAGGGGCAUCUUUGAAACCAAGUUCCUGUCCCAGAUUGAAAGUGACCGGCUGGCCCUCCUGCAGGUCCGAAGCAUCCUGCAGCAGCUCGGCCUAGACAGCACCUGUGAGGACAGCAUCGUGGUGAAGGAAGUGUGUGGGGCCGUGUCCCGGCGUGCGGCCCAGCUCUGCGGCGCUGGCCUGGCCGCUGUGGUCGAGAAGAGAAGACAGGACCAGGGGUUGGAGCACCUGCGAAUCACCGUGGGCGUGGACGGCACCCUGUACAAGCUGCACCCACACUUCUCUCGGAUCCUGCAGGAAACGGUGAAGGAGCUGGCGCCUCAGUGCGACGUGACAUUCAUGCUGUCGGAGGAUGGCAGUGGGAAGGGAGCCGCUCUGAUCACCGCCGUGGCCAAGAGGUUACAGCAGGCGCAGAAGGAGCACUAGGGAACUCCAGGACUGGGCUGGACGGCCCUUGGACACUGACCAGCAUUGCCUCUGGCAGAUGAAUCCAUUAGGAAGCCACAAGCAAGCUUCUGGCUGACCUCAGUUCCCGAUGGCCCAAAGAUACUGCCACCCCCCGCCCCCCUCCCCUACUCCACCACCCCAGGCUUUUUGACCCUCUGUAUUUUUUUUUACUCGUUUCCAAGAGGAUUAAAUGCUUUCUUAACUUGGCACAUUUGAGCCAAACACAGACCAACUUAUCAAAUUUACAUGUGUCACCCACAAGAGCCUCUGUUAGCAUGUUUUCCGGUUGCCACCUGAGCUGUCAGCUCUCUGGCUUACCUGGAAACAUCUGUAGCCAUCUC